UUAUAUUGUUAAAUUGUUCGGUGAAGAAGGCGUCCGCCGCGCGAGCUGGUGGAGCACACCACGCCAGAGGAGCACUCUCUCCAUUCCGUUUAGUCGCUGGAGCACACUGGGACGAGUCACGCCGGUACAAUUCACGGUGCUCUAUCUCUCUCCCUCACGCGAGUCAUGGCGUAAUUUGGCGCCAAAGAAGAGAAGAUCUUCGUUGGUUGUUUUAAAAGAAACAUCUUUGUUGGUUGGGAUUGGGACACUGCUGGGCUGGGCAAAGGGGCUAUUUUCUUCUAUAUUUGUGCAAUUUGUCUCUUUCUCUCUAUCUCUAUACAUAAACAAAGCUGUGAAAGUUGCAGCUUCUCCUAAUCCAUGCAAAGAACGAUCUACCACCUCCAAUCCGCCACCGUUUGUCGUCGCGCACACCCAAGAACGGCGCCGUCGACACUUCAUCUAUGUGUCAGGCAUAUCUAAAGAAUUCCUGCUAUUUGGGAUUGGAAUAGGUUUAAUGGGUCCAAGAUGGAAAGGAAAGGGGUCAGAAGCCAAAGCUCUUGCUGACCCCAUGUCGAAAAUAGUGUUACAACUUCAAUCUUCUCUAAUCAAAUCAGAGGCUCAAGGAUUACUUUGUGGCUGCAAUGUUUUUCUUGGUGCAGAAGCACAAGAAGCCGAUCUCCUUACUCGCUCUUGCUUUGGUGUAGCCAUUACUACAGCUGAAAAAGAAAAGCAAUGGUUUCAGCUGGGCAUGGAAGAGGCCUUUUACCUUCACUAUUCUCUCAAGUGCCUCAUGAUAGUUGACGAAAACAAACGCUUGAUGAAUGGUGAAGAGCUAUGGCUAUACAUGAAAUCCAAGAAAGAGACUUUCCCUGAUUUUUACAAAGCUUAUUCUCAUCUUCGAAUGAAGAAUUGGGUUGUGAUGUCUGGGGUUAGGUACGGCGUGGACUUUGUCGCCUACCGUCACCAUCCAGCUCUGAUUCAUUCUGAGUUUGCUGUGCUUGUUUUAUCGCCAGAAGAAGAAAAAGGUUGCGGGGAUGGAAACUCGAGGUUGAGGACGUGGUCUGAUAUUCAUUGCACCACUCGGCUUUGUAGUGGCGUUGUCAAGACAUUGUUAGUCCUUAAUGUCAGUAGAAAUGGUGCUGCUGAUGCUAUCUCUUCAUCAUGCGUGGAAAAAUUCACUGUUUUUGAGUACACAAUCACAAGAUGGCUUCCAGAAAGAUGCCGUGAAGUUCACAUGGUAGUUAAAAAUGAAGAUGAAACCAAUAUUCAGGUCCCUUCUAAAGUUUUAGAGACACCACAUGUUGAGGAAGCCCAUCAUAUUUAACACAAAUGCAUGUAGGUAGGGAUAUACAUUUUUCCCAUGGGGACAGGGCUCAUCUAAAUGGGGAACGGGACGGAGACGAGGUUAAUUUUCAAUCUCCGAAUGUUAUCUGAAUUAUAAUAAUAAAAAAUAAUUAUAAUAGAUUUCUUGGUUGAAUUUUCAAAUUGUUUUUUUUCUCUUUUAAAAUGUAUAAAAUCACGUCAUACAUAGUUAUAAUUAAAAAAGUGCAACUAGUUACAAUAUUUUUCAGUUUGAGAGUUGUAAUAAGUUACAAGUCUGGAAUUAAAAAAAAAGUUUAUGUAGACUUGUGACCGGAUACACUUUUCUUAUUAUAACUACAUAACAUAUAUAUAAAUUUAGCAAAAGACAUGCAUUAUAUAUAUAUAUAUAUGAAAACAAAAAUAUAUGGUGGCUAUGUUAAUUGUUGUCCAUAUUUUCUCACUGCCGACACGUGGCAAUCCUCGAUGGCUACCUAUGAUGUAUGCGGACAUCCUCGGGGUAUGUUACUUCCCGAGGUCUGUAGUCGGAGAAAAGGUCCUCCUAGGUUAGGAUGUGUCCAAGGAGGAUAGUAGGUGCCUUGAUGAGUUACUCGUCGAGUUUCGCUCUCAGAGACGGAGUUUCUCCAGCUCGGACAGUUAAGGCCAGGAGUGUUAUGUCUCGAUCGCCUCCAGGCCCGAGGUUCUAGUUAUCAGAUCUAGGAGGUGGAGCAAUGUGUCAAGGGGGAGCGGGUUCUCAGAGUCAAAAGAUUGUAUGACAACCUUUGUGGGUGAUCCAUCAACAGUGUUGUCAAUGUACGACUCGACAAUUCGCAUGCCCGUUGCGACGCCUGACACGGAGAUAUGUACAACAUGCCCUGACAGUCCCAGUGACAUGUUUCCCAUAAAGUGGUUACCUUUCUGCAGUGGGCCUUGCAAGUCUCGCUUGGGCCAUAGCCUUUAUUCAUUGCAACUUAAUGCAUUUAAGUGUAUUAAUUCCCCCAAUUAUGAGAAGAAUGUGCAUUAGUUGUUUAUGAUUAACAUUAAUGACUCCGGCCACUAUAAAUAGGGUUGAGAGUCUCAUUGUAAAGAGUUUGGUUUUUUAGCUGAGAAAAAUAUUUAUACUCAGAGUAAUCUAAACGCUGCAUGAGAAGACACUGUAGAAGCUUGCAACCACAAGCUUGCAAUCUCCUUAAUACUAAAGACUCGUGGACUAGGAUUAUUUUAUAACCUAAACCACGUAAAAA